AUUUUUUAAUAAUAAACAAUUUGUCUUUUGUUGAUUUUUGUUUAUCAAAGUUAAAGUGAAAACACAAGAAAAAAAUCAAGUACAAAUUGUGAUGAUUAUCAUUGAUGAAAAAAUAACAACUAACCCAAUUAAUCAAAUAGAUUAAUAAAUUAUUGAAAAAUCUUAAUUGAUUGUAAACAAAAAUAAUAUCUAAUUGUGACUUCGUCAUUAUCUAAUUGUCAAACUGAUCUUCAUUAAGAUUCAGUCAAGAACAUUAUUGAAAGUUGAACAGAUAAUACGAAGUUAAGGAAUUGAAUGGAUAUGAACAAUUAACUUAUUUCCUACGUGGAAUUAAAUUUCGUUUCAAUUAUCACUGAUUCUUAAAUUUGAUGGCAAUGAAUUUCAAUGAACUUUUCUAAUAUCUAUUUUCGCUCUUUUCUAUUCUUUGUUGAUUAAUAAUAAUGAUCACCUUGAUUCGGAAGAACAGGGAGAAGAAGAUAAUGAACAAUCUACUGAAAUAAUCAUCAUCUGAACAAUUAAUGUUUAGAUUAACAUUGGAAUCCAAUAUCCUAAAGUUAUUCUACAAGUUGAUUGUUUUAUUAGUCUAAGACAAACCCGAAGCUAAAACCCCAUGAGAAAUCGUAAAUUCUUACUUUAUUCAGUUGAUAAUGAUUCUAACGGUUGAAUUUCUUGGUCUGAAUCAUUCGUAACUUUGAAAAUAGAAAAUCGAUCUGAUCGAUCAACUAUUCGGAUCUGAACAACUCUAAAUAUGCCCACUGGUUAUUUACCAAUAUUUUGGUUGCGUUCUUCAGUUACAUUAGUUUAUUCCCGUUGAAUUAGUUUGUGUCCCUAUUGUGACAUUAAGUUAAUUUCUUCUCUUUCUCUUCGAGGUUUAACUCUCAUCACUUGACUAGUGUAUACUAAUCAGGAAAUACUUUUAUUUGACUUCACUUUUCGAGUUAAAUAAAUGAAUAAGAUUCUUUUUAAAAGAAUUGUCAUAAAACAGAGCCGCUAUUUUGUAUCUUGAGUCGAUUGUAUCGAAAAUAUAUCGGGCAGAAUAAGAAGCCGAAAAUAUGAUAAACAGCGAAGAAAAGUUUUACCUAAAAGAUUUCGCUUAUUGAAAGUCGGAGUAGCAAAACAACAACAAGUUAUUUUUCCUUGUAGCAAAUUUUUUUAUUGGUUCUUAUAAUUCAUCUGAAUAACCUUUUCCAACAUGAAUUCUCAAUCUAAUGAUAUGAAAGAAAUGUUCAAUGGUGUGAAAUUUAUCAAACUUGAAGACAAUUCGAUGUGCACAUCCAAUUCAUUCAAUCAAACACAAAACCAAUCAUUCAACCAGUAUCAAGAUCAGGCCACGGAAUUGAAGACUGAGUUUACCGUGAAAGCUGAAAAUCUGAUCCAAAUGCCAUCGUUCAAGGAAAUGACAAUUCGAAAACCAAAUGAUCGUCAAUUUGUUCAAUUUAAAGAUUAUUUUUCCCGAAUUGAACCUGAAUCGAAACCAGAAAAUCUUCUUCUGUCUAUCAACAUGAAUCGAGACUUUAACGAGCCUGAGUGGACGUUACAUCAAAUUUAUUCAACGUACGAGAUUUUGGUGAUUGGAAUUAACUUAUUGAGAAGUUCAAAUACUCGUUUGAUAGCAAAGCAAAAAAGAGCACAAAAAGAGAUCGAUUAUUUUCGCAAAAGUCUACAAUCUCAACCACUGACAGAAUUCAUGGAUAGUAAAUGCCAACUUUACUCCUCAAACGGUAAUGUACAUAUUCGUAUGCCUCUGUUUUCAGAAUUGUACAAUUUCACCGGAUACUUUAACAGAGAUUUUACUUUUACGAAUGAAAAAUUGCUCCAAGAUUUGAAUAGCUGGAACGAAGACGAGCCCAAGUGGACUAUGGCUGAAGUGUUUACCACUUAUGAGAUGCUGGUAAUGGGAACAUUGAUGUCACGAAAAGUUCGAAUAACUAAAAAACAGAAAAGAGCACAAAUAGAUGUCAAUAAUUCAUUGAAAAUUCUUCAUUAAAUGUCCAAAAAAUGGUGAAAUGAAUAAGGUUGAAUAAAAUGUUUGAUUUAUAAAGUUACUCAAUGUUGAUAAGACGAUAGAAUUGGGAAUUAAUCAAUCUUCAAUUAUCUUUAUCCUUCCACCAGGUAAGUUGUGAAUCAACGUGAAGAAAGUAAAACUCAAUUAAACACAAUUUGUUUGCCUUAUUUCUUGUAGUAAAUUAUCAUUAGUGAGAGAGCUUUCAUCUUCAUUGUUCUCUCUCUCUCUCUCUUUUUCUCCCUCUCACUCCAAUGUCUUCAUCUUCUUAAUCAAUCCCUUAACUCGACUAUUAAUUUAACAAUUAACAGUAAUUAGGUUCUUUGCCUUCUCUCUUUUUCCUUUCACUCUUUGUCUCUUGGUUUUCAUUCACAUUUUGAGACACAUUUUCUUUGGUUAACUGAUUCUCAACAUGAUGAUAAUCUUCAUCAUAGAAUCAGUCACAUGAAACACUGAGAAAAAUUGAAUUUUCUCAUGUAAGUUAUGGUAAGGACACAGUUAACGUUGGUUUAAUACUAAUUGUUUAAUGCUGAUAGAUGAACCAUUUUGAUCAAUUUAGUUUCGUUGAAAGUGUAACACUAUUUAUCUUUCAGUUUAAGGUCAAGAUGAUGAGGUGAGUUAAUUGUUGUUGGUUAAAAUUAAAUUGUUUCUAAUAUAUUUUCGCAUAGUACAAAAAAAUCAGGUAAAUUGUUGUUUCUCUCACUUAAUUCACUGCA